AUGGCUGUCCUGACUUCCUGGGUCUGGUUACUGGCUGGCUGCCUUUCUGCAGCUGUAGCAGAAGACUCUAAUGUCUCUGCUCUAUAUCCUCCUCUCUGGGAAGAGAGCCCUGAACAGAUAAGUGAUUACAGGUUGGAGGAUGGCAAGCACAUAAUGGACCCUUGGGUGAUCACUGACAGAAUGGGGAUGUACAGAAUCUUACUGAAACAGACGGCCCCGUAUUUUGCAAGCUAUGCUCCAGAAAACGAACAAAACAUUUUGUGGGGAUUGCCCUUGCAGUUUGGCUGGCAGUACACAACGGGUAGAUUAGCUGAUCCCACUGGAAUGACAGACUGUGGCUAUGAAGCUGGAGACACUCUAUGUGUCUCUGUGGACAGCUGGUGGGCCGAUGUAAAUUAUUAUCUGAGUGUGUUACCUUUCCUCGCUGCUGUUGAUUCUGGGAUACUGGGCAUACCAUCAGACCAAAUCAGCAUCUUGCCACCACUCAAGGAUCAGAUGAUGUUUUGUUAUACUGUUUCUGGCUGCCAAUCCGCCUUCCCCGAAGCAAUGGGCAGAUGGAGUGCCUUUUUUCAGUACAUGCAGUCACCUUCUAGUGACUUUGAUGGCCUCUUGGAAUACUUAUGGGCUGCCCAUACAUCAUCCUUGGAGUAUCCCACCAGAGCCUUUGUGGACAGAUAUGCCUAUUAUUCUGACCAAGAAGCGAAUUUUGAGAAAAACUGGGCUAUCGCUGUAGACUACAUAGCUGCGACCCGUCUUCCCACAACCCUGAGCAGAGUACAUAGCUUUCAGAACGGUCUGCCCCCACGUGUGCUUGUUGAUACUGACAUAGCCCCUUAUAUUGCUGACUUCACUCCUCUUCAGAACAAAGUCCUGGUGUUGCUCAAUGUUCUUGGUAACAUUCAUCAUUUUACAGGAUCAUUAUUCUUGACUGCGUGGGAAUCUGCCAUGAGUACAAAAGCUGCAAGGAAACUAUUUCUAAUAUCAUUUGAAAAGUUUCUGGAAACAUCCUCAUAAAACAUAAAACUUUUAGCAAAUAGUGGACAGCUGCCUUUAACUACAAGCAAUGAAAAAUAAUGAAUAUGAUCACAAUUACAUAUGGCUAUG